CAUCGCUUCGAAAGCGUUUACAUUCGGUAACCGCGGCACGGAUAAUGUCUAAUCGCGAAUGUUUCUGUAUUAAUCACUUCGAAUCAAUUUGACUUUUUAUUUGUGAUCAAGAGAUUUCCCGCUCGAAAACACUUCACGCGGCAAGAACGGCGUUUUUCGUGUCAAUUUCGUGAAAAACUAACAGACCGAUGGAAAUGAUCAAUGAUCCAGUUUAAUUUAUAUAAAAUAUAAAGUACAAUAAAAGAAAAUUCGCCGCAAAAGAAUAAAUUAAGAAUUGGAUUAAGAAUUGCCUGCGAUUUUGGCUGCAAAAUUGGCUCCCGAUUGCAUGGCAUACAGCUGAUAUAACGAGACCGGAAGAGUACACCAUUGCUUCGGUGUGCCGCGGCAAACAGUCUUCACUGUUCUCCAGCACCGGUCUUCCUCGGUACAACCGACGCUAUUACUGAAGUGCGGUCUAAAUAUAGAUAAGAACGCGUGUUUUUGAUGUGUUAAAUCGCGUCGCUCUUUUUAUCCCGAUUCAACGUGCCGCCGAGAUCGAGGUUUACGCACCAGCGCUAUCGGAGAUUUUCAUACCAUGAAGAAGUUUGUCUUCCGAAUUCUUCUUACGUCUUGCAUUCUAGGAUUAACGAAAGCCGAUAUCAGCACACUGCCGAAGCCGGAGCAUAAUUAUAAUGGGGCCGAGAGAUUAUAUUGUCCAGUGAACGCUUAUGCCGAGAAUCAACCGGUCAAUCGACACGACAGUUCUCUGCGACUGAGACAACUGAGAUCCGAGAUGGUUCGGGUGGCGGCAGUUCAAGGGCCACCUCUCGAUGGUUACAUCGUCACGUCGGACGACGAGCAUCAAACAGUGAGCUUCGUUUCUCAUGGCCGCGAUGGCCCUUUAGAGAGCGAGGCCGUGGAUCCACACGAUAUGAGAAGAGAAUUUCUUACUGGAUUCUAUGGAAGUGCUGGAGAAGCUAUAGUAACUAUUGAUAAGGCAGUACUUUGGACUGAUGGUCGAUACCAUAUUCAAGCAAACCAUCAGCUGGAUUGCAACUGGAUUUUAAUGAAGCGAGGUGAACGCGACGUGCCAACGAUAACAGAAUGGUUAAUACAAGAGUUCGAAAAUCGAUCGGAAGUACGUAUUGGUGCCAAUCCGAAAUUAAUACCCGCAUUUACGUGGGAGAUAUGGGAGGACGAAUUGGCGAAUUCGCCCGUAAGAUUGGUCGGGGUCCGUAACGACCUGGUGGACUUGAUCUGGCAGGUGGGCCGGCCUGAGUACAAUCCGCACGCGGCGUACCCGCUGGCGGACGGGUACUCCGGCAAACCGUGGCAGGAGAAGGUCCGGAGUAUCCGGCUGGAAAUGGAGCUCACGUCGGCCGACGCGCUCGUCGUCACCGCCCUGGACGAGAUAGCGUGGCUCUUCAACGUCCGCGGCUACGAUCUGCCGCACACGCCCGUCCUCCGGGCAUACGCGAUCGUCGCCCACGGUGACCUGCAUCUCUACGCGCCGCGUCACAAGAUCCUGCGAUCCGUCGACAUACAUUUGAAAGUCGAUUCCUGCUCCCACGCGAACUGCGUCAAAUGGCACAAUUACACAGACAUUUGGUACGAUUUGAAGACCAUGUCGCAAGUUUGGAAUACAGUUUGGCUCCCGUCGCCGUGCGGCUACUCGCCGGGUGCGUCCAAAGAAAUAUACAAUUCCAUUCCACCGGAGAAAAGGCUGGCUAAGGCCUCGCCUAUAAUCGAUUUAAGAGCAAAGAAAAACAAAGUCGAAGCGGCAGGUAUGAGAAGCUCUCAUCUGCGGGACGCGAUCGCCAUGUGUGAUUUCCUGGCUUACAUGGAAGAGCAGUACAAAUUCGACUCCGAAGGAUGGGACGAGAUGCAAGUGGCGAGGGUGAUUAAUGAAAUUCGUUAUGAGCAGGGUGGCAAUAGGGGUAUCGCUUUCCCGACGAUCGCGGGAUACGGGCCGCACGCCGCUAUGCCGCAUUACGAGCCGAAUAACUUGACAAACAUUAAAAUCGGGACCACGUCCACAUUAAUGAUCGACUCUGGAGGACAAUACUUGGAUGGUACCACAGACGUGACCAGAACUCUUCACUUUGGAGUGCCGACCGACGAGCAGAGAAAAGCCUACACGAGAGUGCUGAUCGGUUCGAUCGAAUUAUCGUCUUUGAUUUUUCCCAGUGAUCUGACGGUAGAUCAAUUGGACGCUGUCGCGCGGAGGCCAUUGUGGAGCACCGGUUACGAUUACAUGCACGGGACUGGUCACGGAAUCGGUCACUUCUCUUCAGUUCACGAACCGCCUAUCAGCUUGUCGUAUUUCGGAUACAAAAAUUCAAUCGCAGGAUGCUCCGUCAAGUUAAAGCCAGGAUUCUUUCUCUCAAACGAACCGGGGUAUUACAAAGAAAAUGAUUUUGGAGUUCGUUUGGAGAAUGUCCUUGAAGUAAUUCCGGCUGACAAAUUGGCUCAUAAUGGACGAAGAUUUCUCAAAUUCAGAGACGUCACUCUAGUCCCUUACGAACCGAAACUUAUCGAUGUCAAUAUGCUAACGCCGCUGCACCGGCGUUGGCUAAAUAAUUACAAUAAACGUAUACGAGAAGAAGUCGGCGCAGAGUUGAAAAAAAAUUUAAAAAUGAAAGCAUUUUACUGGAUGAUGGUGAAGACUACGUCCAUUCCAGAAACAGGUUCAGGUGGCCACUUUUUUCCUGACUAUUCUCAAGCGAUACCGUCUACCAGUAGACAAUUCCAUGUCUUAGUUGUGAUCGUUGCCAUUUAUCACGUUGUAGCAAAUUUCAUGAGAACAAGCGACUAAACUGGGAAACCCAUCCCGUUGAUCACGUUAUUCGCCGAGUAUUCUAAUAUGCAUUGUGAAACUUUUUUUUAUCAUAAAAUGUACAUUAUUUCCAAAGGUUGAUAUAGGGUAUCAUAUAAUUACAUUUAGGCAGGAAAAACAUAGAAACAAACUUUAAUAAAUUAUUUUUCUAUAUACAUG